CCAGUGCUGCUGCUCCUGCUGCAUAGAAGUGAAUCUGUCUGCUUGUCUGCCACUUAUGCCAGGUUGACGGUAACAGCAAAAGAAAGAGUGGCGGUCUGCACCAUUAGAUUUUAUCGCUUCCUUUCACCAUGUAACAGAGUUGAGCAGUCGCAGUUGUAGCGGGAAUAGAAACAACAACGGUGGCGCGGAGGAAGGAGGGAGCACAGCAUGGCCGCCUAGUCGGCUGACUUUCUGGCGGUUUCGCCGUAAGCAACCCCAUUCUGGGUUUCUCCGUGUCUGUCGCAGUCGAUCUGCUUGUGUCCAGGUGCGAUGUUGCUGCUGCAUUCGCCGCCGCCUGUGGAGUAGUUGCUCCGCGAACUCAAUCAAGAGAAGCAGCGGGCCAGCUCGAACAACAAAGCUAGCGCUGUUGUCGCUUCGCUGCUGUGCGACGGGACGGCUUGCGGCUAUGGACUCUCUCACUCUUACAUGGGCGGAUAGAUAGAACACGGUAGCAGUAUCUCGACGUGUCAGGCUGUACAGCCUGCGUUGUCUAUCCAUCGUUGUUGGCCGCCGUCUGCUGUCGCUGGCAUGACGCGUGCAGCAUGUAUUGGCUAUACGGGUAGAGGAACUGGUCAUUGUGAUGGUAAUGCUGAUACGGUGUGCUGACGCUGGUGUCCAAUAACACCGUGGCGAUCAGCUUUGCUGCGUACGAUUAUUGCUGCUCUGUACUUUUGGACCGCUGCGCUCUCCUUUCUUGUCGUUGUUCUCCCCCAACAGCAGCAGCUGCAGGAUCAUUUGUAGUUGCAGACGAGGUCGCUCAACGAGUUGCUGUCGUCGUGGAGUGAACUCUCCUAGAGAGCUUUUGCUGUCCGUGGUAUUCCUGCUGCUGACGCUGCUCGAAGCUAUCGUAGGGGGCCAGGCAAGAGAAGUUGAUGUCAUACUUUUUCUGCUGCUUUAUGCUGUCGCCGCAGCACUAGCGGUGUCGCGGGACAGCUGCUAGAGUCGCAGUUUCCCUCUCCCAAUUUUCUUCUAGAUAUAGUAACUUGCAGACUUUCUGCUGCUGCCGGUGGCAGCAGCUUUUACUGCUCUCUGGCUGUUGUCGACUGAUAGAUGGACUGACUAACUGACGUACUAACCGAUCGACCGAACAACACCGCCAGAGGACCGAAUGUGGCAACGGCAGCCGUGAAGCCGGUGCUGCCUUUGAGUGGAACGGUUCUACUGACUGCGGCUGCUGGCAGCAGGAGCUCGGCGGGCAAAAGAGGAGAUCUGUGGAGAGUGAGUAGCUCGGCUGCUUGCUCGCUCGUUUCGAAGGAUCGGGUGCGGAGGGUGUUGUCGCUGCUAUGAGAACAGCAUUAGCUGAUGAAGAUAGAAGGAAGAAACAGCAGCAACAGAAGCGAUUUUCAGUAGAACGAGAGGGGUAACCUGCCCGUGGUCGCAGCAGCACCAGCAGCGCUAGAGGUGACUAGUGGAAAACCACAGCAUCAGCCCUACUACACCCAAUCGCGACGUGACAGCCGCCCAAGAGCUGUUGUGCUCGCAUGAUGAGAGAGGGGCCGCGACACACAGAACAUCGCAGCAUUCGCUUUGCUGCUGUCUGUGUUAGUGUCGAUGUCAGCGUGUGAGUCCUCCGUGUGCGUUGGUUUGUAGUGCUCUAACUCGUACUGCUGCCGCGGCGGCAGUGCUGGUUAUCGUCGUCGUCGUCGUGGUGCUUCUCCUUUGACGACUCCGAUCGCGAGACGAUGUCGUUGUCAUCCAGCGGCCGUCUUCGUGUUCAGCGUAACAGUGCUCCUGUUACAGUAGUGCUAUAACGAGCUGUGGCUGCGGCCGCCUCUGAGGCUUGUGUCGUUCACUGUGUCUCCGUAUCGUUAGUUUGUGAUUGUGCCAGACCAGUGCGACAGAAUCCAGCUCUUUGUGCCAUCGCUAGCGCUGCUCCCCCUCGUCUGUACGAUUAGUUGGUUCGUCGAUUGCUGACAUCGUCUUUGGCAAUGACCGCUGUCACCUGCGUCCGUAACGCGACAAAUGCGCAGAGGAUAACGUUGUUUUGCCGAUCACCGCCGCCGCCGUCCCCGUCGCCGCCGCCGCCGCCGUACUAUCUGUCAUCAGAGUCAGAUUGAUAUUUUGCUGGCUUUGUUACAUUCUCGUGAGCUUCGGUAUCAUCUGAAGUCUAAAUGUUGAAAGCCUGAAAAACAAUUCCUUACUGGAUCUGGUCCUUCCUGAGCCGAAACAGCACCGCCUAACACUAGAACAAGAGAAACGAAAACAGCCUGUGCUACUACUGCUGCCGGCGGUUCCAGCGACCGGCACGUCCAGAAGUGAAGGAGAUCGCUAAUAUUUGUUUAGCGGCGGUGCCAAAUCCACGCGUGUCUGGCUGUCCUAUUGUCUGAAUAAGGUACAGGACCUUCAUAUGUCCAUGCAAGCCUAUCCAAGUACUCAACGGAUGGACCACACAAACCAAAUUAUCACAAUACCAGGAUCUACGAAGCUAUACAUCUAAAACAACCGCUAUCGACGUGACUUUACAGCGUUCGCUUUCAGUAAAUUUUCUUUCUUGUCACACUUUACGGCUUUAUCCGCCGGAAUACAUUUUUACUUGCUACAUUGUUCCCAGCCAGACUCAACAUCGGACAAUUUCUCCUAUUCGAAAUAGUUUUAAAUUUAACAAUUUCCCCUCGGAUUGGACAAGUUGUUCGGAUAAAGCUUUAAUUGCCAUUGUCAAUUCUACUGGUCGGCAAGGCUGCAAUAAGCAAUGGCAAUGAAUUUAAACCAAGGUCCACGACUGGAGCUUGUACUGUGGAUUACCUUGCCGCCAUUGCCCUCUACGCGUUCGAACUAGGAUGGUGUCGCGUGAACCUGAAGCGCACAGGUCAGUUUUUUCGAAUAUUGCGGACAUAAAUUGUAAAAAGUAAAGCAGAGCAGACCAGACGGACGAAAGAAUGCUGCAUCUCGGCGGAUCUGUGGCGAUCGUAUCGACUUAUCGUGUGGUCGCAGUGACAGUCACACGACGAGGUUGGUGUCGGUGAUUUUGGUCGCACCUUGUUCGUAUCACAGAAUUGGUCCAACGGUACUAGCUUGCCAGCACUGUGUGAUGUUCGUGGCCUCAGAGUGUACAAGAAACCGGCUGAGCUCCCCGCCAUGCAUAACAGUCAUGUAAUCAGUGCAGCGUGAAGUAUAUGCGAAAUACGUGCUAGCGUGACAAUGUGCGUGUGUUGUUAUAUUGGCAAUGAUGACGAGAACGAGUACCCCACGGCGCGGAUAAUCUACAGUGGUAAUAACGGUUGUCGUGGUGAAAAUAGUGAUGAUCAUGUGUUUUAUUGUAGCCUCAUCAAUCUAAUUGGAUCACGGCAGGUCAAAUGCAGCGUUGGCAAUGACCUAGUGGUAGUAGGUAGUCAGAAAAACCGCGACGACGACGACGCCAACAACAACAGCGGCUCUAUCAGAAGUAAUGAAAGCUAACCAUAGCAAGACGUAUUCCUAACCCAUUCUGCCGUAAUCUUUAAUACUUCCUUUGACCCGACUCGAUAGUCCGGGUUCAGAAAACAGACGGACAAACAGAGAGACAGGCUUCGCACAUUCGCGUCGCCAUUGUGAAGAUUGCCUCGUAGUGUUUGGCGUCAGCCAGCCGAUGUAGACUGGACGCUUUGAGUCUGGAAAAAACCUCAUCUAGCAGCUUCCGGUGUCGCCUGAUUUUUCAGGCUGACGCUGAUUGUCCAGCAUCAGUCGCUAGCUAAUCUAUUCGUGUCAAAAUCCUUUGCGCUGUCACUUGUCAUUUGUUGAAAAGCGAAAAGAACCGCACACAUAUAGAUAAUGGCAGGCAGUCUAAAGGAGCGUGUGUCCCGCGUCGACAAUAUGUUUCUCCGGAACCAUAUUCGAGUCGGCGGUACGGCGUUCACCGUCGAUUCUCUCGUUGACUGUCUAUUGUUACUAUACGACGAAUGUGUGCGAUCGUCACUCUCCAAGGACAAGACUUUACAGGGCUUCGUCAAAUUUGUGUCGCCCGUUGUCGCCGAAGUGAAACGCCAGCGUUUGGCACGCAGCGAUUUUGAGAUCCUGAAAGUAAUUGGCCGCGGUGCUUUCGGGGAAGUUGCCGUAGUGCGAGAAAAAAGUUCGCAUAAAGUUUAUGCCAUGAAGAUACUCAACAAGUGGGAGAUGCUCAAGCGCGCUGAGACGGCGUGCUUCCAGGAAGAGCGUGACGUCUUGGUGUUUGGGGAUAAACGCUGGAUUACAAAUCUUCAUUACUCAUUUCAGGAUCAAUCCAACCUGUAUCUGGUGAUGGAUUACUACUGCGGUGGUGACCUUUUGACGCUCCUGUCGAAAUUUGAAGAUCGUCUUCCGGAGGAUAUGGCCAAGUUCUAUAUCGCCGAAAUGAUACUUGCUAUUCACUCGUUACACGUACUACGAUACGUUCAUCGAGACGUGAAACCGGACAACGUAUUGCUCGAUGCCCACGGCCAUAUUCGUCUAGCAGAUUUCGGCUCGUGCCUUCGGCUCGGAGAGGGCGGACUGGUUCACUCUCGAGUGGCAGUUGGCACUCCUGACUACAUUUCGCCCGAGAUUCUUCGGGCGAUGGAGGACAACCAGGGCACGUACGGGCCUGAAUGUGAUUGGUGGUCACUUGGCGUUUGCAUGUACGAAAUGCUUUUCGGCGAAACGCCAUUCUAUGCUGAGAGCUUACUGGAAACAUACGGAAAAAUUAUGAAUCACAAGAGUUCAUUUGACUUUCCCGAGGACACGGUGGGCGUGUCUGAAGACGCUAAGGACCUAAUCCGACAUUUGGUGUGCUCGGCCGAUGUGCGGCUGGGCCAGAAUGGUGUCGAAGAUUUUAAAGCACAUCCUUGGUUUUCCGGCAUUGACUGGGAUACGAUUCGAGAUAGCGAGGCACCAUUCAUUCCACAGGUAAGCUCGCCUACCGACACGUCGAACUUUGACGUGGACGAGCUGACAUUCAAGAACGCGGACUCAUCAGCUCCGCCAUCGGCAAACGCCGUCUUCUCGGGACUACAUUUGCCGUUUAUUGGUUUCACAUUCACGUCAAACAGCCAGCUGUCGGAAGGAUUGAAUGGAGGAGAAGAGACAGACACUGUGGAUACCUCGGCGGAGCGGGACGAACUCCGGCGUCUACGUGAAGAGCUCAAUAAAAUGCGAGCCCGUAACAGUGAAAUGGAAAUCGAAUUGAAAACCGUCUGCCUUUCCAUGGCGGCGUGCGGUAAUACUAGUGAAACUGGAGGCUCCGCAGCGGCCAACGGCGAGAUGAGCGCCGUCAGCUGUCAGCUACGCGACAUGGAACGUCUCAUAACAAAUUUGUCAAGAGAUAAAGGUGACUUACAGGAAGAGCUGCGGGAGUCCCAAGAACGGAUAACGCAGAUGUCCAAAGAAAUGAAGGAUCAAACUACACAACUGAAAACGGCCAUGUCUGAGUACAAUGAAGUAUCAGAUCGAUUAUCAGAUCUACGUGCUCAAAAACAGCGCCUAUCCAGACAGGUUCGAGAUAAGGAGGAAGAGGUCGAAUCGGCUAUGCACAAAAUUGACACGCUCAGACAGGAGCUUAGAAAGGCCGAUAGGCUCAGACGAGAGCAAGAAACGCUUGUAGAAGAAGCCCAGGCUGAAGCUCUGAAGGAGCGGAGGCUUCGUGAACGGAGUGACGAAUACGUUCGCCAUUUGGAAACGGAGCUCGAAACACUUCGUACAGGCGCUAGCGGAGGUACCAACGGAACCUCGAGUAGCGGGGAUCUGAUCGUGCAGCUCAAAGCUGAAUUGCAGGAACAGGACAAGCACUGGAGAGAGCUUGAAGCUCAGUGGGGUAGCAGAACCCAGCUAGAAAUCAGCGGACUUAAGCACAAACUGGGAGAGACGCAACAAGCGAAGGAGCUAUUAGAAGAAGAGGUUCAUCGAUUACGGCGAUCUGCCGAGGAAUCCGGUAAUGGUUUAAAAGUAGCCGCCGGAGGCCGCAGCCGAAUUCAAGCGCUCGAAGAAGAGCUAGCCCGUGCACGUAGCGAGAUCGAACGGCUGGUCGCUCUACUACAGCGCGGAGAUCAGGAAAUGGCUGUACUUCGAGAAAAGCACGAAUUCAUUGCCAACUGGGAGACGCAGAUCACAGAAAUUAUCCAAUGGGUGUCAGAUGAAAAGGACGCCAGAGAAUACCUUCAGGCAUUAGCAACGAAGAUGACUCAGGAACUGGAUUAUCUUCGAGGCAUCCCCUCGAGUGGUGGAGGAGCUCUGGAGCAAAAGAACUGGAGAAAUCGACGCUCUCAGAAGCUCGACAAGAUGGAGUUGUUGGCAUUACAAUCAAGCUUACAGAGCGAAAUACAAGCGAAACAGGCGAUUGCGGAGGAACUGAGUCAAGUGCGUGCGGAAAUGGUUGCGCAACAUAAGGAGCUUGAAAGGCUCAGGCAAGAACUGGGCGAAAAGGACAAAGCGCUUAAAGAAGCAAAAAAGGAGCUUGAUGAAGGGGAUACUCUACUCGAUCAAUUUCUCAAGGAUACAGCUGGACAGAGGGAGUCCGGUACACCUGCGCCACUCGUGAGCACCAGUGCAGCUCAAGGCACCGCUGUCGGCUCGAAUUUGUCAUUGGCAAUGGGCUCAAGACCGUCAUCGCGAAAUCUCGUUAUAUCUUCGCCUAUCCUUCAGGGAGCCGGCACCUAUUCAGAUGCCCUGAACAAGUCACUACAACACACGAACAGCAUUACAACGACAACCAUUCCCGUUACAGCUGCCAAGCUGAAAGCGCAUCAGUUUCUGGUACGGUCUUUCAUUGCUCCUCUCAAGUGCAACCAAUGCACGUCGUUGAUGCUGGGGCUAAGCCGUCAAGGAGUCGUAUGCGAAGUGUGUGGCUUCGCGUGUCAUGUGGCCUGUCAGGAUCGGGUGCCGCCCCAAUGUCCCGUGCCUGCGGACCAGCACCGUCAGGGUUUACUGGCGAUUGACCCCACAAGAGGGGUCGGCACCGCGUACGAAGGUUAUGUAAAGGUACCGAAGGUAGGCGGAGUAAAAAAGGGCUGGCAGAGGCAAUUCGUAGCCGUAUGCGACUUCAAACUAUUCCUUUACGACACCCAACAGCUAGCUGGGGGCCCGGGCGGCCAUGGAUCGCUUGGGCACGGCGCCUCCCUAGCCCAAAUUGAUAAAAUACAACAGGCGUGCGUUUCUGCCACACAGGUACUGGAUAUGCGUGACCCAGAUUUCAUCGUGAGUGCAGUGCUGGAAAGCGAUGUUAUUCAUGCAAAUCGUAAGGAUGUGCCAUGUAUAUUUAGGAUAGCAACCUCCAUGCUCGACCCGCCAGGUCUAAAGUCGAUCACCCUAAUGAUGGUGGACCGCGAGAGCGAAAAAAAUAAAUGGGUCGACGCUUUGGCCGAGCUCCACCGGAUUCUCAAGCGCAAUAAACUGGCUCACCGAAGACUCGUAGAGCCGAAACAACUACUUGAUUCGACGCUCAGCAUAAUUAAGAAUUGCUUAUCAGCGGUCAUAAUCUCGAAGGAACGUGUCCUUCUCGGCACGGAAGAAGGCCUGUUCUGCGUCGAUCUCGACAAUGACGAAAUUUGCAAAGUGGGCUAUAACAAAAAGAUCGAACAGCUUGAAUAUCUGCCUGAAGAGCAGCUAAUUCUUUGCAUCUCCGGAAAGCAACGUAACUUGCGUCUUAUACCGGUCGCUGCGUUAGACCUCAAACACUCUGUCGACUGGAUUAAGGUUGCUGACACUAAGGGUUGCGUGACAUUCUGUACAACACAUUUGUUUUAUAAUCAACAGAGCACGCAUUACUUCUGCGUGGCUGUCAAAAAACAAGUGUUCAUCCACCAGAUCAACCGUAGUAAAACCCGCCACGGGGGUCGUCAAGUCAUCUCAUUGACGGCGCCCGUCCAGUGUUUGGACGUAACAGCAGAUAGGCUGUGUGUUGGGUGCCAUGCAAUAUUCUAUCUUUACAGUCUGGAAGCACUCUGCGAGCCUGUUUGCCUUGUACAACCUGAUUCCAACUUGUCAUUUGUCUACCAUACGCCAAUCGAUGCGCUGAUGUGCAUCGAGCUGCCCAACUACGAGUACCUGUUGGUAUUUAGCCAACUCGGCAUAUUCGUCAACUCGAAAGGGAAAAAGAGCCGUGAACGAGAGCUAAUGUUUGCAAGUGCGCCCAUAUACGUUAGUCUCCGAGACGAGGUGCUAUGCGUAUAUGCAGAGAGCCACGUGGACUGUUUUGACGUGACCUCUGGCGAGUGGCUACAAACGGUAAACCUCCGGAGGACGCGCCCACUCAACCGGCAAGGUACACUAUGUAUCUCUCAAAUUGGAGAUCAACCCCAUGUAGUAUACAUGCAUCCUUCACAUCUGCGUGAUAACCUCAUCAUGAUCGCAGAUGUGCUUCACGGAGCUGCUAGCAGACGGCGCUUUUCAAUGCGAGGCGCUGAUGGUACUCGAACAGUGGACCGUCGUUCACGUAUCAUUUCAGCUCCAAGCAACUUUAACCAUCUGCAACAUAUGGGACCUGGAGAGGUACACAAACUCAUAGAUCUUCCAACGACGCUGCACGAGGUGGCUGCGCAAGAGGAACAGGCGGCGACAGGUGGCAAAAAUCGCCUUUCGACUUGGUCGUCGAUGUCCGGCGGAAGCAGUUCUACUUCGUCAACGCCUCGACCCCCUUUGCCUAAUAAGCCUCCGCCACCACUCAUUCCGGCGCAACCAAGACGGCGUGCGCCGUCAUCAAUGCGCUCGCCAGACUGUUCGCCAUCAUCAUCAUCCUGCGCCACUCAGCAGGAUCAUCGUUCAUCAUUGCAGUUGCACGAGUCUCGGCGUUCGAGUCCGCGCCAUUCGAUCACUUCGAACAACAGCUGUUCGAGUAUCAGUCCCCCACCAUCACCGGACCCUCAUUCUCAGCAUCACAACAACAGUCAUAAACAUCCAAACAACAAUAACAACAGCCACAACUCCAAUGGACAACAACAACAACAGCAGCAGCAGCAGCAGCAGCAACAACAGCAACAACAGCAGUCGGCAACCAUUUCAACUGGACAGCACGAAUGAGUUUAGAAAUCAACGACGCUCCUAACCCAAUCGGCGUUGUUGCUGACUCAGCCUAACGCCACGUCAGCUGAAUUGUAUUUUUAGCCGGCGUUCCACAAGGCUCGACAAUAGAGCCUUCUGAAUGCGGCCUCAAGCAUUUUGCUGAUAAUCACGAUUAUUGUCAGGGGUUUAGACUAGCCACAGUAACUUGGAGGCAGCUUGAUAUGACUUUACUUUCACAAGCCGCACUUCUCCACGACCGUAACUAAUGUCUCAAAUCACUAUCUACUCAGGAGAGGCCGGUGAACGGAUGACUUCUAUCAAGAUACAACAAUAUAAUUAAAGCAGAAUGGAUACGAAAGUGAUUCUGGUUAGUAUUUGGUAGCAAGCUGACGUCAGUAGCUUAGAUGGCUAUGGCUGAAAUACUGCUAUCCGACUGAAGCAGCUGCAAGCCUAAGCGAAUAAAUGAUCCAAUCCUUCCACGAGCUGGAAGAAGUUGCCUCUUCACACAAACACAGGCACAUACACACACGUCUAUAUAUAUAGCUCAUUCAAACCAGAAUCAGGUUUCCCCGAAUAAACAGAAGCUUGCUAGCACAUGGAAAGACAAAUUUCGACGGAACAUUUCCUUCAGAACGAACGAUUUCGGCACAAGAUAUUAAGAGGCCAUACACUAGCGCAAAAAAUACACUGGGAGAAAUAAUGGAAAUACACUGUUAGAUACUGGAUCAGUCUAGCCGAGUGCGUAUAAUUUCAAUACACAGUGGAUUCUAUGAUCGCAAGUGAAGAGCAAUUCCUUUUCUUUUACCACCUUCGUCAAACGUGCGACCGGCAAACUCAGUUUGCCGUUAAUAAGGAUUAUGGUAGACCAUAUAGGUGAUAUGCAUAUGUAACUGUUACGAUUAGUACGCUCUCUUCAUCCACCAUACUCCCCCUUUCACCGCAGAUACACGCAUUUAUAUAUAUAUAUAGAGCCAAAUCUUCAUCUACAUUGAUGCCUUCGCGAAUACCUCUUUCAAUUUUUGACCUAGACUAUAUAAUAGAUCUGAUUUUAAUACAAACUAUUAUUAUUGCUAUUAUUUAUUUGUACAUUACUAGGUCGGCGACUGGUAACUGUGUAGUGCAUGCGUAUGGAUAUCAGUUAUGACAUGUUUACGAUAAUACUAUUCAUAAUAACAAAAUUAGUUAGUAAAAGAAAGGUUUAUCAUUCAUUAAAUGUAUGUUCGGGUUUCUAUACCAUUGUUGUUUAUCAAUGGCAACUUUAUGGCAGAUGCCCCCGUGAAGACAGUGAAGUUCUACUAGGAUCACUGUUCAUUUUUGUAUAACUUGAUGUGGUCUCUGAUAUUCGAUCCAUGAACAAUGCAAUAUCGAUGAUACACGUGUGAGGGUGUAUUGAAACGCUUUUUUAUUUUUUGUUUACAGAAAGAGCUAUUGUAAAUGGACAUUUUAUAAAAGCACAUAGUUCAUUUAUAUAUGAUGACUAAUGUAUAUAUAUAUAUAUAUAUAUAUAUAUAUAUACAUUAGCCCUAAUUUAACCCUUGGUGGUACUAUUUUCUAAGCACUUGAUAACUAUGUAAGGAACCCAUCUGGCCGCAUGUUGGUCAUCAGUAUUACGACAAAGAUCACGAGUGAUUCUUAAAUUAAUAUGAAUAUAUUGUCAUACGACUGCUGUAACAAUAUGACUGCACAACGAACGUCGUAUUAAACUUUCAACAUAUAUUUUACCCGUAUUGUACCGGCUGCCUACCUCUGAACGCAUCAAAGAGUGACAUUAUUUUUUCACUAACAGCAAACAAUAUUCAUCAUAGGCCAUGCAUAUCUAUUUAAGUUAGAUGACAAAGUAGGUUGUAUUUCGACAAUAGAAUGGUCUGAUGUCAGUGUGUCGCAUUUUGCGGCUCGAUCAUAUAUUGUUUCAACAGAGACGCCGGUCGACCUUUUUCCCUUACUCAUUGUUAGCCCUGCACCGCAACGCAUUGAGCGUAUAUAGCAUAUGUUAUGAAAUUGAUCGAAAGACGACAAAGUCAACCUUAUGAAGAUUUAGCUUUUGUACAAAGCUAAAUCUCUUGUUUUUAGAAUAGAUCGGCCGACAGUCGUUUAGGAUUUACAUGCCGUGCGGAUAAUUACUAUUCGUUUGUAUUUGUAAUUCACUGGUUUACGAGCUAAUACGGGUGCCCGAGUUACGAAUACGGUUUCUUUUCUUUUAGGCAGACUCGACGUAGAGACAGCGACAGGGAACGGAUUAGGGUGUUUGUAUUCCUUAUUAUUGUCGUUAUUUAAAUACGCUUUAAAAACUGUCUCGGCAGACAUUACUUUAUUUAGCCAGAACUGGGUUUUAUUCAAACAGCAUUCUGCAUUUUGCUCGGAAGUCGCUGAAAGUUUCGACCAGUUCUGUCUGGAGCGGCUGUGUAACGUGUAGAGAACAUCAUCAUUUCACGCUAGAUACUAGUAAGGGCAAUAAUAAAACGAAGGCUAAACGAUUGUGCCACUAUUGUAUAGUUGAUAUCGAUUCAGUUUUUGUCGUAAAAUUCAUGUAGUCACAAUUUGAAAUAGCGCGGGCGUGAAGAAUGCCUGUAGUGUUCUGUUUGUUAUGAUAAGACUACCUGCCGACCAGUUAAUACGGCCCGUUCGUUACACGUGAAUAACAUCCAACGUGUUCCCCGCGCAAAGUAAGUUCUAUAAUACCAAAUGGCUGUACAAUUAGUGUUGGGUCUUUUGAGAUUAGCACAGUUUUUUUUUUUUUUUUUAUCUAAUAAUCGGCUUAGUGGCACAUGCGUACAAACGCCAGAUCUCUGACAAACUGGAAACCUUUUAAUUUUAUUCAAGUUCACAUCCGAGUACACACACACACACACAUUUAUAUAUAUAUAUAUAUAUAUAUAUAUAUAUAUAUAGGUUUUUGUAAUUCUAGAAUGUGUUUUGACUAUAGUGAUCAUAUGAGCAUACACAGCUGACAAACGGUCAGGACAUUUGGUGAACUAUGUGCCUCUGUUUGUUAAUUAUAUAUUGCUAUACAUGAUACUUUUAGAUAAUCAGUAUAAUACGAACAAGAGUAGUGAGUAGUGACAAACACAUAAUAGAUAAUCUACGGGUACCACCAGAAAUAUCAUACUAAUAAUCACGGAGGCAAACCGUUACAUAUCUCACUGAUUCGGAACGCCGAGGCGACUGGCGCAAUGUGGUACAGAUAUUAAGACAACGAACAAUUGUACAAUAUGCCCCCUAACGACCUCGGAAAAUUUAUAAUAGAAACUAUUUUAAUUUAUUAUUUAGUACUAUGAUUAUUAUCACAGUGAAUAUUAUAAUUAACA